AUGCCUUCAAGCAAAGGGAAGCCCACAGAUCCUGAACUAAGGGAGCAGAUCAAAGAAGAAAUCAAACAGGAGCCCAAUAAAUCUGGCGGUGGUGAGGGACAAUGGUCCGCGUGGAAGGCUACAAAACUCGCUAAAGAGUACGAGAAGCAAGGAGGUGAUUAUGAGGAUGAGGCUGGCAGUAAGAAUAAGCCUAAAAAAGGAGAGCCGGAGAAGAAGGAAUAG